AUGGCAGAAUAUAGAGCAUGUAUCUACGGUUUGGGGGAGGCCAUCAACUUAAGGAUCAAGAUUCUUGAGGUAUACGGUGAUUCAGCUCUGGUAAUAAGUCAGGUAAAAGGUGAUUGGGAGACUCGGGAUAGCAAGUUGAUACCCUAUAAGGAGCAUAUCAUAAAACUAGUACCCUACUUUGAUGAAAUAUCUUUUCAUCAUAUUCCUAGAGAGGAAAAUCAGUUAGCAGACGCUCUAGCUACGUUGGCGUCUAUGUUCAAAGUCAAAUGGAAGAGUGAAACACCAAUUAUCCAUAUUGACCACUUAGAUAAACCAACGCAUUAUGUAGUAAUCGAGGCCGAUCCUGAUGAUAAGCCCUGGUUCUAUGACAUAAAGACAUUUUUGGAAAAACAGCAAAGUUCCGAGGGUAUAUCCAUUACUGAUAAGAAGGCUUUGAGAAGACUCUCUUCCAAGUUCUUCCUAAAUAAUGAUGUGUUAUACAAGUGA